UCGUUUCUGUGGCAGACAGUACUGCCCAGUUUUCCGUCCUCUCGUCAGCUUCUUCCCUCCUUCCCAGCCAGCCAGGAGCAAACAGCUUCACAAGCAGCGGAUGAAACAGGAAGUCUGACAGCUUGAGUCUGCAGUGGGACCCCUAGUGUUUUCCCACUCCAUGUCCUGGCAUCGUUCCCCAGAAGUACAAACACACACACACAGAGCUCCCAUUGUUGCAGCCUUCCCCAGCCCACUGAUCCUAAUAUGGAAUGCAGCAGGAAACCCAUGAUUUCCUGACACUCUGCGAGCUGGAGGAAGCGAGGGGAAAAAAACUCCAUUAAAAAGCCCAGCUUUCCUCCAUGUUAGAUGUGCAUUGGAAAAUGGGGAAGAUUUAGCAAAAUUCCUCCGUGUCUUCAGCCAGGCUGGAAAGGGGGUGAGCUGAGUAAAACCCUCAGGCUGCUGAAAUUUCUAGGCUGCCAGGAAGCCCCUAGAAUUCUGUGAAAAUGAGGGUUUCUUAACUCAAACUGAUAGGGAAAAGGGACAGGACCCUCUUUAUAAUUCCUCCCAAGUGUGUGUUACCUUUCUUUGCCAGCAUGGUAAGCAACAGGGCAUAUCCCAGCCUCGGACAUGUCUAUAUGAGCCAAGGUACCAAAAGCAAGGCAGAGUAAACUCAAGCCUGGCACUGGCUUCCCGCCGCUGCAUGUGCUUUGGAAGAAGCCAGAGAAGCAGCAGCAGCAGCAGCCCCAGCAGCUGGAGCCGCAAGAAUGAACUGCAAAGAGGGAGCUGACAGCAGCUGUGGCUGCGGUGGCAACGACGAUGAGAAGAAGAUGCUGAAGUGUGUGGUGGUUGGGGACGGUGCUGUGGGGAAAACCUGCUUGCUGAUGAGCUACGCCAAUGACGCCUUCCCAGAGGAGUACGUGCCCACAGUGUUUGACCAUUAUGCAGUUACUGUGACAGUGGGUGGCAAGCAACAUUUGCUCGGACUGUAUGACACCGCAGGACAGGAGGACUACAACCAGCUGAGGCCGCUCUCCUACCCCAACACGGAUGUGUUUUUGAUCUGCUUCUCCGUCGUAAAUCCUGCCUCUUACCACAAUGUCCAGGAGGAAUGGGUCCCCGAGCUCAAGGACUGCAUGCCUCACGUGCCUUACGUCCUCAUAGGGACCCAGAUCGAUCUCCGUGAUGACCCCAAAACUUUGGCCCGCCUGCUGUAUAUGAAAGAGAAACCUCUCACUUACGAGCACGGGGUGAAGCUUGCAAAAGCGAUCGGAGCACAGUGCUACUUGGAAUGCUCUGCCCUGACUCAGAAAGGUCUCAAAGCAGUUUUUGAUGAAGCAAUUCUCACCAUUUUUCACCCCAAGAAAAAGAAGAAACGCUGCUCUGAGGGUCACAGCUGCUGUUCGAUUAUCUGAGGUUGCUUGAGACCCGCUUCCUCCCCAGCUAAGAGUAAGAAGGGCAGCCAAUCUCCGUGACCACGCUCCAGCCAAAAAGGGGGGCAUGAACCGAAAGGAAUUCCCUUCCCGCAGAGGCUUGCCCCACCACCCCGCGAGCCCUCCCAAGGACAGCAGCUAGUCAGCCAAUGGCCCCACGCACGUCCUCCCUGCCAGCCGGAAGCAUCCACACUGCAGACUCUCCGAGAAUGCUGAGCCCGGAUUUCAGACAGUGCCACUGCUGAACACGUUGGAAACAAAGUCAACGGCCAUCUUGCAUUUUGUAUCUCUUCUGCCCAUGAACAUGAAGCUGAUAGGAAAUAAUCAGAAAAACUAAGAGGGGAACUCGGUUCCUAUAUUGGUGGCCUUACUUGAUGUCUUUUACAAAACAUGGGACUACAAUACUAACCUUUUUUUUCUGAAUCUGCUGUUCCACCCAUGUGUCUCACGUUCGUUUAUAUUAUGUCAAGAAGUUGACUAAUUUCCAGUUACUCAGGCAUGACAAUUCCAUACCAAAUUAGCCUAAAGACAAGGCGUUUUAUAUCCAUUUCUAUUUUCAGCAUGUUUCUACCAAAGCUAUUAGAACCAACACAUACCUCUGAAUGCCUGAUCACAAGAAGACACAAGCAAACUAAACUUUAAGAAAUUGACAGAGCCAUGAUUUUUGAACCUGGUUGAACGCAAACACCAUCUGAAUUGGUGCAGGUCCACAUUUUUUGCCAAAGAGUCACACUCUACAAAUGCUUAAAUUGAUAGGUAGCUUGAUUUUCUUCCAUAUUAUAUUGCCAUGGCAAACUAAAAAUGAACUGUUUACAAAAGUAGUAUUUCUGUUUUUCAUCCAAAUUGAUUGGGGGAAGAAUAUAGCAGGACCCAUCUUUUAAAAUAUUGUUCACUCAGCAAAGUGGACCUUCCUGCUUCCUCCCUUCACCGCAUGCCCUUUUCCUCCCUUGAUUUUGCACUUUCUCCUAUGCCCAAUCCUUUUGUUCUCCCCAGUUAUCACCUAAACUAAAAGAAGGAUCUGGCCACUGGGCAUGAAAAAGCAAGUGUUUAAAAAUACCUAAGGUCAAGGAAAGUGCCUCUGUUGUUCUACUUGCUUCAAAUGAAAGUGCUUUCCAGCUUGCCCCACGUAAGCUCUCGUUCCAUUUCCGUGACAUUUUCCAGUUACAACUGUUACUAAAAUACUGCCUCUUUCCUUACUCAUCCUCCCAAAUGUCUAUUUAGGGGCCAGAUCUGUGGGUAUCAAGCUCUGACUCUGUUUGUCCCCUGCCUUCCAGAAAGAUGUGCUACAUAGAACAGGGACUUUGGCCCUGUGGAAGUAAAAGCUCCCAGUUAAGGAAUCACGUGCCCAAUCAUGUGCGACAAUUCCAAACAUCCAGGAACUUUUGCAUCAUAGAGUGAGUUACUUCCUUUUAAUGAGAGGCUAUGAGAGCUUCUCAUUAGUCUUAUUUACUUAUAAAUGCCCUGGAAUUACCCAGGUAGGUGCUUAAUUUUUCAUUUUAAUUGCAUAAGCAACGUGCAUCUUUGCAGUAUGAAAUUACACCAAUUUUAUUUUAAGACUUUUCAGACUCAAGCUCCCUCCAUUGUCAAAAGCCAGUCUUUCCAGUACCUUCUGCUACUGGAGGAAGCACAUAAGGAAAGAAGUGUGUGGUAUGAGUCUUUUCUAUUAAGACCUUCCACGAUAACCCCUCAGUUUGGGGGAGUUUGUUGGUUUGUUUGGAAUUUCUGAAAGGUGUUUUCCCUUCUUGUACAUUUCAAGUACUAUUUCCCUUCUCUCCGAUCUAAUUGCUAAACUUUUUUUUUAAUACACACAUACAUUUCACAUAAGAGAAAACGAGAGUUUUGUAAGUCAAAGCUUGACCUUUAGAGAAGAGGACUUUCUGCCUUUGUAAGUGGAAAUCAACUGUGUAUAAACUGUAACUCUGCAGAGGUUAUGAAUUCACCCUUUACAAAAAAUGAUGAGCAUUUAGCCCCAUAAUAAAUGAAGUGCUAUUAGCCAGUUUUGUUACAUUAUUGCAAAGUUACACCUUGCUAAAGGGCCACUCCUCACUUCUCAUUGAUGUGGAUGAAAAAUGGAGAGCAUUAUGUUUCCAAAUGUGUGCACUCAACAGGCAAAUAGCUCCCCAGGUCAUCGCCUCCCUAAUGGACCACAGGGAUUAACUUGUUCAUGGUGGGAAGAUCAUUCUUUCCUCUAGAACUGGAUAGAGACUGUUAGUGUCUGGAAGGAGCAGACUCCCAGAGGUCCUAGGAGCUAAUAACUGAAUAAAACAAUGUAGAACAAAGCAACCUAUAUGAGUUAUUUCAUGCUGCCAAACUAAUCAUUUAUUCCUUGUUUCAUGGCAAGAUCUAGCUCAUUUCACUAAAAAGUGUUUUCUGCCAUAAGACUGAAUAAAACUAUGUUCUGAAACCAAAGACAAGAAGAGACAUAGAAAUUUGAAGGAUCCUUUAAUUAUCUACACCAUCUUCCAAAGUCAUGAAGUGGCAGCUGACCUCCAUUUGAGAGUAGUGUCUUAACUCUUCAGAGCUAGAAAUGGCCUCAAAUGAUAGUCUGUGAACAAAAGUUCUCUGAAAAGGAAUUUGGAGGAAAGAGACUAUUCCAGUGAACAGUUUGCCAACCAAGGAGAUGCAGACUCUUGUGUAAAAGGAAGGAGCAUUCCAGAGAACAAAAGGAGGUUUUGAGUGUUAUAGCAGAAGCUCCCACCCAUGUUCCCAAUCAGGUCCGUUUAUGCAAAUGAAGGAUUGAAAUUCACUUGAUUCAGGUGAGCUCUGAUUGGUUGGUUCAGGUGAGCUCUGGAGUCCCGAAGUUGAACAAAGGUGUGAGUUUUGGGGGGAUUCAAAGUACAGCAUGUGACUUGUAGUCAGCAAAUGGCCACAUGGCUCUAUUUAAAAUUUAGGUCCAGUUAGCCACAUCCAUUUUGGAGGACUGGCUCUUUCAGGUUCACAUUUGUUCACAAGUCCAAUUCCUCAUUAUACAUAUAAGAAAUUCGGGCCUAAAUGGGUUAAGAAAGGUGUGUUGUGGCCGUGCUGGGACAGAUCUCAGUUUUUCUGCUUCCCAUGCAAUGCCCUUCAAUGUAAUACUAUAAUUUAUUCAUUAUCACACAUAUUAAGUUGGAGUUUUGUAGGUGUAUUAUUGGAGUUGCAUGUGUUUAUCCUACAGAUUCCAGCCACAUUUUAAACACAUAAUUUCAUGUAGUUAGGCCACUAUAAAUAAAGUAAUCCAUCAAACUAGUAAUUAACUAGGGAUGAGAAUUUGACCUACAGACUAAUAUGCCUGGAAUCCACAGUAUAUAGCAACAUAAUCCUAAUCUAUUGGCUCAAUUCAGUAACUAGUUUGAUAGAUUUUUUUUUUCACUCAGAUGAUUGGUUGGAAGAAUUAAUGGAAUCCUUGGGUUAUUUUCAGAACACAAAAGGACUAAAACACAAGUCACAGCCAUGUCCACAGGAAGAAAUCUGGGCUAAUUUCUGCAAAGAAAAGUUAUAGUCAAAGAACAAUUACUGAAGACAAUAACCACAGCAACGCUAAACCAGGAAGUGCUAAGCCAGGAAGUCAAAAAAUAAGUCAUACACAUAUGACAAGGAGGAAGGUUUGGUCUUGAGACUUUGAUAAAAAUAUAUCCAAGCAUGAUAUGCAAAGGACCAUUUGAAAGAUUUCUGAUUUAUCAGAGAAAUACUAAAUGAAGUGGGUGUAACCAUACACAAUUUUCACAGGACCACCAGUAAAGAAAUAGUAUUACACAGUAGGGUAAAAGAGCAAUCACAACUACACUCACAAUUUUAGGAGAAAAUAAAUCUAAAUCCAGACUUUGAAACCAACAAAAAUGUCAUUAUUUAGGGUGUAAGUUCCCAUGAGCAGUACCUUGCAAAGUAGAGCAUCUUCCAGAAGAAAUAUUUGACUUGAGGUAAGCCUUUCCAGAUGCCAUAUUAUUACAUUCAUAAAGGCAAAUGCAUUCAUGAGACCAAAGUCAUAGAAGUUUAGAAAUUGAGGUUUUGCUUUAAGGAAUGUUUGACAUCAUGCUAGAGAUUAUUAUGUAAGUAGUUAUGUGUUCAUUUUUAAAUCCAUCCCUGUUUAGCUGCCAAAAUGCAAAACAUGCAUUCUCUCUCAACAGAGAGAACCACAGGUCACUGGCUACUCCCCUGAGAGUCUUUGAGUAGGCUGCCCACGUACAAAUAAGGAAACUCAACAAACUAUUUUCAUUUCAAGGACCAUUAGAAACAGAAGGGAAAGGAGGUCAGGGAGACUUGGUUUCUAACAAAGGAAGAUAGGCUCUGUGAAAAAAGAAACAUUUAGAGAAUGGACAGGAAGCUAAAACCAAACACAAGGCAAAAACACACAUCUGAAAAUUCUCUCAAAGCGUUGCUAACUUCUGCCGGUCCCUAGAAGCACAGGGAAGAAAAAAGGACGGUUAACAGGAAGAGGAUUCCAUGGUUCUGGGUACUGAAGCAGAGUCAGUCAACAGGGCUUAUCAUGUGAUAACCUAGAUAAUUCUAUCUCAUGAUUCACUAAAAAUGAGUGGAAUCCUGGACAGUGUUCUUGGGUCUUAAUAGCAAUGUGGGGCAUCACCCUCUCUGCUUAUAUAGAGCAGGCAGUCAUUGGAAACUUACCAAGAAAUAUGAGUGAAUAAAUGAUUUCGAAAGUUUCCUUGAGCAUGAACAUGACUUUAGACCUGAAAAGGAUGACUUUGGGAUAGCUGGAAAGAAAAUUACUUGUAUGAAUAAUAUUUAUUCAUCUUCAGUGGGAUAUUUCUAAAUAGAAAGAUUGCAUUUAAAAUGCACAACCACAAUAACAGAACACAAAAAUCUGAGAUAAAGCAAUAACUCAUGGAGCUUCAAUGGUCAACAAAGACCAGAAAAAGAAAAAAUUAAAGCACCAAGCUCUCUGCUCAAGAGCACUUCAGCCUUCAGCAGCUCAGCUAUGCUUGUUUAGAGCUCUCUUUGGGUUAAGGGAGGAAUGAGUCAAAGAAGGUUUAGCUCAUCUGUGAAAUGGUGGGAUGGAAAUUCAACAACAGUUCUUGGCUUUGAAAUUCCAUGACAGGAAAUUAGAGUAAAAGCUGCAUGAUUAAUCUUGGUCACAGUCUAUUUUUUUCCUCCUUAGGGGAUAUUAUGUCAAAAACACUAGAGUUGAUUUGGUGUGUAUGUGUUUUAAACAUGCUGUACUUUGGCAAUUUCAUUUUGUUCUAUGAGUUCUGGGGUGACUCAGAAGCUUUGUGAUACUAUAGCUGGAGUAAUUUUGUUGUAUUUUUAGCCUUAUCCUCCAAGCCUCCCAGUGUAUCUGUAGCGAUCUUUGCUGAACAGGAUCUGAUCAGUGAUACAGGGGUUAUAAGGUCUGGGUUACUACAAGGAGAGGGUGCCCAGGGCCCACACCUGAGUCUUGCUUUGAAACAACCUUAGCACACUUAGUCUCCCAGUGACACUGCACAAGUCAAUCUUUUGAGUUUAUGUUAGUUCUUUAGGGAAAAAAUACAAACACUUUCCGAGUACGGAAGUAUGUUUAGGGGCAGCAUUGUAAAUGCACAUCUCAAAUUACCUCCAUCUGGCAUUUUUGAAAUCAAUUUUUUUAAGCAAUCAGAUUGUUUUCUCCUAGAGGAACCUUGGGAAAGAAAGUUAACAAAUUCUACAUUCUUCUCAUCACCUGGUUUAAUUUGUUUUUUUGCUCUGUGUAAACAGUAAUUACUGUCUAAGUACAUCUCAGCAGAAUUUUAUCCCAACUGCAACCGUUCAUGUUCCUCCCGACAUACUCUCUACAGAGGAAAUGAUCAUCCAGGGAAGUACGGUCACCUGCUCACGGGAUGGUGUUUUACCAACCGCAUCUUAUGUAAUGGCGAUUCUGUGUACCUUUUUCAUAAUUAAUGGAAUAUUAUUUCAUGUACUCUUAAGCCUUGCAAUUUAUUUUGUACCAUGUUCUGACUUUCAUGUCAUUAAACGGUCUUUUUCCUAUUCUUA